AAAAAUCAUCAAAGAAGAAAAUAUAAAAAUGGCAGCGUUCUAAAGCUGGAAUUCCGGAUCCGGCCAUGGCGGUGAGGGAGAGCCACCAUCGUCAUUACCAAGCGAAGCAAGUACCUCUUUUCCCCUUACUCUCUCUUAUCUGCUUUGUUUCAAUUUUUCUUGCUCUCUCGGUAUUCCGCAAAACCUCCGUGCCUCCACAAUCGCAUCCGAGCUUCCAAUUCAGCAAUGCCGAGAGACCGAAAGCUGAUAGUGGCAGUUCUUGCGAUUACACGGAUGGAAGUUGGUUCUACGAUCCGAAUUCGAGAUCCUCCAGCUACGACCACACCUGCAAAGAGAUAUUCAAAGGCUGGAACUGCUUUGCGGCGAACAAAUCCAACGCUCUCGAAAUCGUCAAGUGGCAUUGGAAGCCGAAGCACUGUGAUCUCCCGCACUUCGAUCCGGUUUCCUUCCUCGAGAAGUUUAGAAAUACUAAUAUUGGGUUUGUUGGCGACUCCUUAAAUAGGAACAUGUUUGUUUCACUUUUUUGUUCUCUGAAAAGUGUGCCGGGUGAAGUGAAGAAGUGGCGUCCAGCUGGUGCUGAUCGUGGAUUUUCAUUUUUGAAGUACAAUCUUACUAUUGCAUAUCAUAGAACAAAUAUUGUGGCUCGAUAUGGUUGGUGGUCAGCUAAUGCUGACGGUGGUAAAUUGGAAUCUCUGGGAUAUAAAGAAGGAUACAGAGUUGAUGUUGACAUUCCAGAAAAUUCAUGGAUAGAGGCUCCAAAUUUCCAUAACAUUUUAGUCUUUAACACAGGACACUGGUGGUGGGCGCCUUCAAAAUUUGACCCUGUAAAAUCACCCAUGCUUUUCUUCGAAAAGGAUCAGCCUGUCAUCCCUCCAGUACCUCCUGAUGUUGGCUUUGAAAUGGUUUUGAAACAUAUGAUAUCAUACGUGGAGAAAAGAAAGCCUGGUGCAAUUAAAUUCUUCCGCACGCAAUCGCCUAGGCAUUUUGAAGGAGGUGACUGGUACCAAGGUGGUUCUUGUCAGCGGCAGCAGCCUCUAUCUUCACAGCAGGCCGAGGAUCUGUUCUCGCUGAGCAAUAACGGAACCAAUGUCGAGGUGCGUCUUGUGAACCAGCACCUCUUCAAGGUCCUCAAUGGAACCAGUUUCCAUAUUUUGAACAUUACUCCCAUGAGCGAGUUGAGAGCAGAUGCACAUCCUGCUUCAGCUGGUGGAAAGAAGCACGACGACUGCAUGCACUGGUGCUUGCCGGGACUCACUGAUACAUGGAACGACUUGUUCAUACAGCAUCUAUAUAACAUUAGAAGUUAGUAUAAUUCAUCCCUUAACUCCCUUCGCUUGCAUUCUUUUGAUCUGUUAAAAGUGCUUUUGGAUCAUAUUUAUUGGAACUUGAUAGGAUUGAAGAGAAGGAUUCUUCCCUUUUGCAAAUUAGUAUUCUCAACUUGGUUAUCAGGUUUGAAAAUCUAGUUGAUUGUUUGCAAUGGGAAAAUUAUUGAAUUGAUAUAAGUUUGUGUUU